UCUGAACCGUUAAAGCAAUCGUUCUUUUCAUCGGACGUUCCAUAUUGCUCCCUUUUCCGGUAGGCUUCUUUACCUGAAACUUCCACAAGACAGAGGGUUUCUGAUUCAACCGGAGUGAGUUGAAUUAUUUUUUCAACGUACGUUUUAGUUUUGUUUUAAACGGUUCAAAACUUCAAAUCGUAGCAGAAGCUUUUAAAGGUAAAUCAAUAUAGAGACCGUUGCUUUCAUUUUACUUUGAACGUUCUUUUAUUUGAAUUACAUAUUCAGCAAAACUCAAAGAUAAAAUUGCAUGCGUUCUUUUUUUUAUAUCUGCUUUUUGCUUCUUUUCUUAAAAUAUAUUACUGACUUUAUAGUUCUUUGGUCCUAGAAAUUUCACUAUCCAUAAACAAAUUCCUGGUUUCAAAUUUCAUAUUCUAAAGUCUCUUGAUAAACGCAUCAAAAGCUUAAAUAUAAUUACAUUUUUUUUUUGUGAUACUUCUUCACAAGAAACAGAUCAAGAGCACAAAGAGAGAGAGUUUUGUUUUUAGCUAGAAAAGAAGAUGGAGAAUGUAUUGAAUCCAGAUGAAAACGGAGAUAGAGUUUAUCAUCAUCAUCAAUCAUCCAUUGACCCAAAUGAUAAUUCAACAUCAGAAACUCCGGUUUCUUUAACGAUGAGCAUGGAUUCUUUUGUUUACCCUCGAACUUGUUCAGAGAGUACUUCGGGCUUCUCAGACCAAAUAGAUGAAACCAGCAGCUCCUGUAGUGAACCUUCUCCUUCUGAUUGGCCUGUCCUCACUGAAUCCAAGAGCUCUAAAUGUCUCACUACUGGUUUAGAGCUUCAAACAAAUGAAAUUCUUGAAGCUCAAGAAAUCUCAGAACCAGAACUUGAGACAAUGAAGGAAAGAUUCGCAAAGCUUCUACUUGGAGAAGAUAUGUCAGGAAGUGGUAAAGGAGUUUGUACUGCUGUGACCAUCUCAAAUGCUAUUACCAAUCUUUAUGCUACAGUGUUUGGUCAGAAUCUGAGAUUAGAGCCGUUAGAAACAGAGAAGAGAGCAUUGUGGAAGAGAGAAAUGAAUUGUCUUUUAUCGGUAUGCGAUUACAUAGUUGAGUUCAUUCCUAGAUGUCAGAGUCUAAGCAAUGGAACUACUGUUGAGGUGAUGGAGAGUAGACCAAGAGCAGAUAUCUAUAUCAACUUACCUGCUUUGAGAAAGCUAGAUUCCAUGCUUAUGGAAGUGUUGGAUGGUUUUCAGAACACAGAGUUUUGGUAUGCAGAAGAAGGAAGUCUGUCAAUGAAAUCUGCACGUUCUGCCACUGGAUCCUUCAGGAAAGUUGUAGUACAGAGGAAAGAAGAGAAGUGGUGGUUACCAGUUCCUCUUGUUCCUCCAGAAGGUUUGUCAGACAAAGCAAGAAAACAACUCAAAAACAAGAGGGAGAGUACUAAUCAGAUACACAAAGCUGCAAUGGCUAUCAACAGUAGCAUCCUCAGUGAAAUGGAGAUUCCAGACUCUUACAUGGCUACUCUUCCUAAGUGUGGUAAAAGCAGUGUUGGUGAUUCAAUCUACCGCUACAUGAGUGGUUCUGGUCGGUUUUUCCCUGAGAAACUCUUAGAUAGUCUGAACAUAGCAUCUGAGCACGAAGCUGUGCAGUUAGCAGAUAGAGUAGAAGCUUCAAUGUACACAUGGAGACGCAAAGCUUGUCUAAGUAACUCUAAGAACUCAUGGAACAUGGUGAAAGAUCUUAUGUCAACUACGGAGAGAACAGACAAGAACUAUGUAAUGGCAGAGAGAGCAGAAACUCUUCUCUUCUGUUUGAAACAGCGUUACCCAGAGUUGUCUCAGACAUCAUUAGAUAUAUGCAAGAUUCAGUACAACAAGGAUGUUGGGAAAGCAGUGUUGGAGAGCUAUUCAAGAGUACUUGAAGGUUUAGCUUUUAACAUAGUUGCUUGGAUUGAUGAUGUUAUCUAUGUAGACAAAACCAUGAGCGGUAGUGAAUAAGUUGUUUAACUUUUGACUGAGUUUUUUCUGUUUCUUCUUGUCCUUCUAGUCAUCUUCUGUAGAUCAGAUAGAUCAAUGUAAAAUCUGUUUUAUAAAAGUU